AGUCAAAAUUGAAACAAGCGUCGAGCGAUACGGUUGAGAACGCCUGAAGAUUUACAAAAGCGUGAAAAGAAUUUCAUAAUCAAAAGUUAAAAGAGCGCCCUAACGGCAAAUAUACAAAGACAUCCAAAUCAAAAGCAAAAGCAAAGCAGUGCAACAAUAUUAACAAACAACAAAUUGUUUUGUGUGCGCCAAGAACUAAAACUAUAAACAUUCAAACCAAAGUGCAAGCAGAGGCUACGAAAAUUGCUGAAAGCCAAGUGAAAAGCACAGAAACAGUGAACAACAAUAUCAAAAUGGUCGUCGAGGAAUCAGUCAACAUGCAUAUGGAACUGGAACUCACCAACGAGUGCGCCCUGCCCAUUGGACGCACCGUCAAAUCAGCGCUGCUGCGCGCCCAAGCCGAAUCUCGUGUCAUUGUUGGCCUCUCAGCGGCCAUCAAUGUGCUCUCCAAGUCACCGGAUGGCUCACUCUUCUGCCUGAUGGCAGUGCCCAAGGCGGGUGAUUCGGCCACACACAUGCACGAGGUGCUGCUGGAGGCCUUCUGUUACGAGAACGAUAUCUAUGUCAUCAAGGUGGACGAUGCCACCAAGUUGAGCCGCAUCUUGGGCCAGGAGAGCAUAGAGUCAUGCUGCCUGGUGCAAAAGACCUGGACCGGCGAUCUCAUCGAGGAGCAACUCAAUAAGGCCGAGAAUCAGCUGGUCGACUACUGCGAAGCGCACUGGGAGGCAACACAGCAGCCCAUUGUCCAGUUGCCGGCGGUGUAAGCAGGCGAUAUUGGACCAGCUAAGCUGUAAAUUGAACAAGCCCGUCACAGUGGGGCAAAACAUGGUUUCAACUUGAUGUAUAACGUCAACCAGUUAAGGCAAGGUUGAUGCACCCCAGCGUUUGGAGAGUUCUACGGAAACCGACGUUGGGCGCACAGCCCCAGUUACAUACAUAUAGUAUAUAUUAUAAAGCAUAUACAUAAACUGAUGUACAUACAUAUAUGUAUAAGUGUAUAUAAAGCAGAGGAUGAUGAAGAAGAAGAAGCAGCAGCUAAAGCCAUGGGCAAUUAUCGAUUGCCUAAUUGAAAGGGGGAGCGGCAAAGAGCGACCCAGAGAGAGAGCAAGAGAGUGAGAGCCGUCGACCUUCGUUAGAGUCGCAAAUUCAAUGUGCAGCAGCAGCAACAACAACAACAAGGAAGUUCAACACACACAUAUUCAUGCUACAGUUGCCAACAGCACUCUCCCUCUCUCUUUGAUCUGGCUGCCUGAAUUUCACAACCAGAGAUAAAAUCACACACACACUCAAACACCAACACACACUUGAGCGCGUGACACAAGCUGCUGGUUUUAUAUGUAUAUAACAAUUUUUCGCUGGAAGCGUAAAAUCAUUUAUAU